AUGCGCUUGCAGAAUAUCAUCAUUCUGCCGAUCAAGGUAAAUCGGAUCAAAGACGAUGCCACUGUGGCUCAGCACGAGCAGAUAAGGAAGUUUGUGACCGGUUGCUCGCGACGCCCUGAUUGUCUCCAUCUCGGCCGUGUUCAAAUACGAUGUGGACAACCUCAAGGGUUGCUGCGUGUUGGCGACGAGAUCGAGGUGCAUCGCGGUAUUGUCAGCAAGGAAGAGGAAGGCAAGACGACUUGCAUCCCUAUUGUGUCGCUUUGUGUUAAGAAGAACGACCUGCAGUUUGCCGUACGCGGUGGACCGACCGGUGUAGGAACGCACAUUGACCCGACGCUGAUGCGUUCGGAUCGUCUGGUUGGUCAUGUAGACCAUUCUGUCCUCACGUAUUCAUGGAGCUGGAACUAA